AUGUCCGCGGGGAACAUGAAGCGCACAGCCUCCCCCACUCGGCCUAUCUCCCCGCCCCCGCUUCGGCGCAAGGUCGAGUCAUCGAUAACCAAGACAGCUGCCGCCAAUUUCUUCACCCCUGCCUCGCAAAAGAAACCGGAACCGAUCAAAUGGAGGAUCCUCGGGACCAGCUUGAUUAUUGGGAAAUUCACCCCAGAAAACAACGCUCCGAAUCUGCCAGACAAGGAUCGUAAAAUCGCUGCAUUCGAUCUAGACUCUACAUUGAUCAAGACAAAGUCCGGGAAUACAUUCCCUCGAUCGGCGACAGAUUGGCAAUGGUGGAACAACGUUGUCCCAGGCAAGCUUCGAGAGCUCAACUCCGCUGGCUUCCAAGUGGUUGUAUUCUCCAACCAGAAAAAGAUCGCCAUUCAAAAGGAUAUCAAGGCUGGCAGUGGCGAGUCGAAGAGUCUUACCACAUUCAAGGAAAAGAUAACUGCUAUGAUGAAUGAUUUGCAAGUUCCCAUCAGUGUGUACGCCGCUACAACCGAUGCCGAAUACCGUAAGCCUCGUCUGGGCAUGUGGCGAGAGUUCCAAGAUGACUACGAUCUUGAUGUGACGGGAAUUGACAUGAAAGGAUCCUUCUUUGUUGGUGAUGCUGGUGGGCGGCCAGGUGACCAUUCUGCUGCCGACCUAGGAUUUGCUUGCAAUGCUGGAUUGAAGUACCAUACGCCCGAGGAAUUUUUCCUUCGGGCAGGCCCCAGGUCAGACAAACGGCACUUUCAAUCCCAAAUCCUUCGUGGAAAUGGAUCUAGAGGAACCCCGUAUGUGGCUCAUAUCGAGCAGCAGUGCACUUCAGUGCGGAAGCUGACGUGUAACCUAGGUGCUAAAUUUACCCGAAAGCAUUCUCUAGAGCUGGUCAUCUUCUGUGGUAGCCCGGGUGCCGGAAAGUCAUCAUACUACUGGAAUAAUAUGGAGCCACUAGGGUAUGAACGGGUGAAUCAAGAUAUCCUCAAGACCCGACCGAAAUGCCUUAAGGUUGCUCGAGAGCACCUCGAAGCCAAGAAGUCUGUGGUAGUCGAUAACACGAACGCCAGCAUCGAGACUCGAGGAUACUGGAUCGCCCUCGCAAAGGAGUUGAAUGUUCCCAUUCGUUGUAUUCAAUUCAUCUCCACGCCAGAUUUAUGCAAGCAUAACAAUGCCGUUCGAGCAUCAAACAAGGAAAUGAAUCCCGAAUCACGAACAUUCCUCCCAGGGAUCGCAUUUGGUGACUUCGGUCGUCGCUUCCAAGAACCUACCCUCGGCGAAGGGUUUGAGGAUAUAAUUCCAGUCAAGUUCCAGUUUCAAGGCACCGAAGAGGCCAAGAAGAUUUGGGAACAGUUCUGGAUAUGA